UCGCACUCUUCGAAUGCCUGUGACGUCAUCAAUGAAGUGCAGACCGGCAUUUUGAAAGACGUGUUUGGUUCUGGAAGCCUCCGUUUUUCAAAGACUGCCGCGGCUAAAUCAAAGAAGCCAGCAUGGCUACAGAUGGCCUACAGAAAUCGAGGUUGCAGCACUUUAAAAACAAGGGCAAGGAUCAAGAUGAGAUGCGAAGGCGGCGAAAUGAGGUGACAGUUGAGCUGAGGAAGAACAAGAGGGACGAGUCACUGCUCAAGAGACGCAACGUGCCCCAGGUGGACUCCACAGAUGAUGAAGAGGUUGACAGGGGCCACCCAGAUCUCCAGGCUAUUGUGGCAAAUGCAAGCAGCGGGGAUCCCAAUGUCCAACUCAGUGCAGUCCAGUCAGCCAGGAGGCUACUCUCGAGCGAUCGUAAUCCACCUAUUGACGAUCUGAUCAACUCCGGAAUCCUUCCUAUAUUAGUUCAAGCCUUGCGAAGGCAUGACAACCCUUCCUUACAAUUCGAAGCAGCCUGGGCACUAACGAACAUUGCAUCAGGAACAUCGCAGCAAACGCAAGCAGUUGUCAACGCAGAUGCAGUACCACUUUUCUUGGACUUGUUGAGGUCACCACACCAAAAUGUCUGCGAACAAGCAGUUUGGGCAUUGGGCAACAUAAUUGGGGACGGGCCGCAACUUCGAGACUACGUUAUUAAACUUGGCGUGGUAGAGCCGCUACUGUCAUUCAUCAAGCCUUCCAUGCCACUAACGUUCUUGCGCAAUGUUACCUGGGUCAUCGUAAACCUUUGUCGAAACAAAGACCCUCCGCCACCCUUGGAAACUAUCCGGGAAAUCCUGCCUUCCCUAUGUCUCCUCAUUCACCACACGGACAACAACAUUCUGGUGGACACAGUGUGGGCCAUUUCCUACUUAACGGAUGGCGGCAAUGAGCAGAUCCAGUGGGUGAUUGACUCUGGAGUGGUGCCCCUGCUGGUGCCUUUACUUAGCCACAAGGAGGUGAAAGUGCAGACUGCUGCAUUGAGGGCAGUAGGCAACAUUGUUACAGGCACCGAUGAGCAGACGCAGGUGGUACUCAACUGUGAUGCGCUGGCGCACUUCCCUGCACUGCUGACACAUCCCAAAGAGAAAAUCAACAAGGAGGCAGUGUGGUUCCUGUCAAACAUCACUGCUGGCAAUAACCAGCAGGUCCAAGCUGUGAUUGAUGCUGGUCUGAUUCCAAUGAUUAUCCAUCAUCUCAGUAAGGGAGAGUUCCAGACGCAGAAGGAAGCAGCUUGGGCCAUCUCCAACUUGACCAUUAGUGGCACCAAGGUCCAGGUGUCCUACUUAGUAGAGCAGGGAGUUGUGGCACCCCUGUGCAACCUGCUGACUGUUCGAGAUCCCCAGGUGGUGCAGGUCGUGCUAGACGGCCUAAACAACAUCCUCAAGAUCGCUGGCACCCAGUUCUAUGCCGUGGCAAGCAGCAUUGAGGAAUGUGGUGGCCUCGACAAGAUUGAGGCCCUCCAGAACCAUGAGAAUGAGGAGAUAUACAAGCUGGCCUACGAGAUCAUCGACCAGUACUUCUCAGAUGAUGUGGAUGAGGACCCGCACGUGGUGCCGCAGGCCUCCGACCAGGGUUACCAGUUCGAUCCCAACGCUUCCAUCCCUGCGGAUGGCUUCAAGUUCUGAUGGCCAUGCUCGGAGCCUCCCGUGACCACCACGGGUAGGGCGGGGAGAGCUGCUGCAGCUGCCACCAGGACAGGAGGGGAGGGGAGAUGCCGCAGCUCUGGCAAGCGUGGCUGGCAACAACAGACGAGUGGCAGUGCUUGCAACUGGUGUGCGGGAGAGUGAGCAAGAAGGCGAAGGGCCACGUCGCCUCGGAAUGGCCGUCUUCUGCGUUGGAGGUGGCGCGAGACGGCAGUGGCGCACCCCCCUGCUUAGUGCUUCUGCAUGUUCGACUCUCCUCUCGCGGUAGCCGUCACCGACCGUCACCGCAGGCACUUUGCCCUCACCAUACAACUUUUUGCCACCGGUCUCGGUCAUUGUCAGUUCCCCCUUGUGAAGACACCUCUUGUCAAGCUAGACUGUAGAGAGGUGUUCGUAGCAGUUCACAUUGCCCUUCUCUUUCUUCAUCUCUCCCCUUGUCCAUGGUUGUUCUUGCUGUAUUUCUUCAAAUGGGUUUGCUGCCUUCUGUUUCUCUCUCUUUUUUUUUCUUGCUUUUCCACCUUUGUCAACCAUGCCUGGUGCUAUCUUGGAGAGAAAUGGACCAAGCACUGAGGAAUUGCUUGCUUUGCUUCAGUUUUUUUUUUUUUCCUGUCUUUGCGUGUUCUUAAUGAGCAUGUGUGGUUGCGCCAGGCGUCCUGUCCUCUGCAUAGGUGCUGUGUUAUGUACCCAACCUCUUUGCUUCAUGCAAGCUGGAUCUUGGCAAACAUGAGCAAAAGUAGGAAAAAAAAAAAGGACUGUCAGAAAAGUAGGUCGUGCACGUAGUGUAGUGCUUGAAGACAGAAGUAUUUUGACACUUGUUUUUGUGUGCAGAUUUUGCUUUUUAUUGCUUUUAAGGAUCGUGGUUUCAUGUCAGGUGUAAUACCUCAGUAUCUUCCAGAUGGGAGGAGAGAGAAGCUACUAGUGUGUAAUUAUAUACGUGUGUAAUUGUCGCCCAUCCACACUUUGGAGAAACUCUGGCAAAGUUGUGUGAAAAAAACGGGCCUGCUAAGAAGAAUGUGAACGAUCGUUUAGCUAAAGCCGAAUUUCUGAGAUAUACGUCGUUCAACAAAGCGAUCAAAGGCUGCUGUGCAGUGAUAAAGCACUUUCUCCAGAAAGAGUGGGACCUCUGGACGAAUUGAGCGCAAUAGCAAGAGCUGCAGAAGAAGAAAAACAGCAUCGCUGAAGAUCAGUUUUUCAUCCAGGUGCCUUAAGUUCUCCAGGAAGCUUGCCGACGUUUCCUUGACGAUAAACGGAAAAGAAGGAAGAAAAAAAAAAGACAGAAGAGCACAAAAUUUGUGGCCAACAGAAGAAGAAAAGGCAGCGCUGCCACUGCGGCACUGUGACAACAGUGAGAAUUGCCGGACACAGCCGACGAGCAUGAUGUGCCAAUCUGUGAGCAAGUGGAGUUUAAUCUGAGGAACUGCUGUGGCUGCUUGCUUCUGUGCAGUUUACUAGUUUUUUCCGAAGCACCCAGCUGUGGUUGCUUCAAUCCAUUUUGUGUUUCCCAGUGGCAGUUGUGCUGUGAGCAUCUGGGUUUUCUGAGCAGCUCCCAAAACAGUCUAGGGAAAAAGCGUCUAGGAUUGAGGGAUGCCUUCAGCCAGCCUGCUGUGGCAUGCAUCUUUCCAUGUAAAUACUAUUAUAUUUGCCAUGGUCCUGCAUUGCACCACUCAUUUGUGGCAGUAAUGCAGCCAGGAAGAGUUGCGUCUUUCUGGUUUGUUUUAAUUCACGGCACGAUUGCAUUGGAGGCAAUCUUGGCCUCAACUUUUGAUUGUACAUCAGUCUGUUUUGCUCGAACUGACCCCCUCCCCCUCGUUUUUUUUUUAUGUCUUGAGCAAAACAUUAGGUGUUUAUAAUGUAGGAUUUGUACACAAUUAUGCUUAACAAAUUGUAAAGCCAUGUGAGGACACACACAAUGGUUGUGUCACAAUUCGGGAGGACCUUCGUCAAGAUAAUUUACAAGACGAGCUGAGCUAAUGUACAAUUCUUCAACCCAAUUGCUGCUUUUGCAGCAGUGCUCUGUUUUGAGCUUGCUAAAAACCCAGAGGCUUUUCCUUGACUUUAUUAUUUUUUUUUCUUUGUGUGUGUUGUGAUCUGGGCGAUUAAAAAUUAUCGCUCCUUCGUUAUUUUGAGCACUGUGAAAAGUUUUGAUGGCCACUUUAAAGCUAGUAUUAUAUUUGGCACUGAAUUUUUUACUGCCUGCUUUUGUCCUCGGGUGUUAAGGCCUCUUACGUCAAUAUGCAAUAGCUGUGUGGUUUCACAAGUGAGAUGUUUGGCCGCAUGUACAUUUCUUGUUGCAUCUAGAUUUUUUCAUGAGCCCUCCAAGAAGUACGGUCGUAGAGAUCAUUGUUUUAAGAUCAGUGGUAGCCCUAUUGGGUCUUUGGUGUGGCUGAGCCAUUCUCUUCAAGGUAAUGGGUGUCUUCGAGAAUCUGCGUUCUAUUUGCGACAAAGGACAUCCAGUAAUAUGCUGAUCAUCAUAUCGUCAAAGUAUAGCUAAAAAAUUAUCUGGAGCUAUUUUUCUUUUCUCUCUCUCUUUUAAAGCCAGCAAAGUUCUCAAGGCGCCAUUUUUGUGAACUCGCAGUGUGUACUAGGUGCUGAGUGUGAAAUUGCUCAAAUUACCCAUUUAUUUUCACUGGAAAGAGCGUCAUCCAGUCAGAACAGCGUAAGCGCAGAACAGUGUAGUUGCAGGAAGUACGAGACCAGUCUCUUGUGGAUUGCUGCGUUUUUUAAAGCUUCCCAAAACGUCCAUAUUUAACUGGAUCGAAACGCCGCCUUGUGAUAUACGCUGUAUGAAGAAAGAAAAAAAAAAGUUUCUCUCUCGCCUUGAAGGAUCGUCAAACCAGGGUGCAAUUGUGUUGUGGGGAGGUGGAGCCUGGCAGUCCUUAGUGUUGUUCUUUGGUAGCAUUCCUCCUCUGCCCCCUGGGCCUUGUGUAGCGGGCUCUGGUGGGCGUGCAACAUACAGUGCACUACGAGACUAGUGUAACCUGCUGUGGUUUCAACCUCUCUGUUGCCCUCCUCCCCCCUGUUAGUGUUUCAGGGGUGUUGUGUGUUUGUGUGCAUGUGUGUACAUUGUUUGGGCACAGCUUGGUGAACUUGAAGCACUCUGUGCAUGGCGUGCUGAUAAAUGCUUGUUACUAGUGGCUGCCGUUUUUCCCCCCCUUUUUUUUUCAAAAGCCGGUGACAACUUGUUAAGGGUGCGUUUAGUGCCUGCAUGUAUUUUUUUUUGCCAGGCCAAGACUGUUGGCCAGUGGAGAUUUCUUGCGGAAUGAGCUCAACGGACUCCUCCCCUAUAGGCCUUAUUAAAAUUGAAUCCUCAGUAACCACUCGCAUGGUGCAUGCAAGAUGUUUGCUUACUCAGCGCUAGGAUCAAGUUCACCAAGGUGUGAUAAAUUCCUGUUUCGAGCACCUAUUGUCUCCGUUGGGUGAACAGCAGCUGACAGGUAGUAACUAGUUAAUCUGUCAUUGGCUCUAUGCCUUAAAUUAUUUUUCUCCUCCAGAAGGUCUCGCGCCUUACAACAUAGGGCAAAGAAAGCAGAGUGCUUGUUAUUUUGAUGUGUUACCUUCCUGUCGAGCUGGUGUGCCCUGUGCGUCUCUGGACUGUGUGCAGUGCAUAUAUUUUUUUUUUCGGCGUCUCGAUGCUCUUUAGAUGUCGUGGUACACCUUUGUAAGGAAAACAAAUGUCUCCAAGGAGGACCAUUGUACAUAAACUGCGAAGCAAAUACUACCUGUAAAUUUCUUUUUGGUGGGAAUCGAAAAUUUGUUUUCCUUGCAAAGGUGUUUCUCCUUUAAAGCUCCUUGCAGGCUACCUUUAGGUUUACAAAGAGUAACUUGAAAUUGAAAAAUUUUUUUAUACUGUAUAGGACAUAUUUCAAUCGGCACACAAAUUAAAGGGUGAUUGAAAUGCCCCUUGUAAACCGAGGUGCCAUGGCAAAUAAACGAAAAGUCUGAACCUGGUAAUUGAA